AUGAAAGAGAAGAAUAUUAACCAAGUGUGGACUACAGAAGGUAUCCCAACAUUUCAGUGGAUAUCCAUAUUUCAACAAUAUGGGUUCAUCAAUACAUGCUUGAAGUCCCUUGUGAUAGAAACAUUUGGUGAAGACACCUGGGAAAAACUAAAAUCUUUGGCUAACGUUCAGGACACUUUCAUGACCUAUGAAGUUUACGAUGAUGUUAUAACAGUGAGGAUGAUCAAAGAGGCAUGCAGUUUGCUAAAUGUAUCGGAAGAAGAUGUACUUAAAUUAUUCGGCGCCUAUUUCUUCUCCUUCUGUAAGCAGUCUGGAUAUGAUCGAAUGUUACGCACCUUGGGUGGAAAUCUGAUGGAAUUUAUCGAGAAUCUAGAUACUCUCCACAGCUAUCUGGCACACUCAUAUAAGGAAAUGAAUGCACCAUCUUUUCGAGUUGAAAAACAGGAUGAUGGGACUAUGCUUCUGCAUUAUUACUCUGACCGAAGCGGUCUUUGCCAUAUUGUUCCAGGGAUUAUAGAAGCAGUGGCAAGAGACUUUUUUGAUAGUGAUGUCACCAUGAGGAUAAUUUAUCAAAGUGAAGAAAAGGAACGCACUGGAAAGAAGCAGCAUGUGAUAUUUGAAAUUCUUCAGAUGGUGGACUCUCGUAAGAAGCCAUCAAAGACAAAGCUACAAGAGCAGAACAACUCUAAGGAAAAAACACCUGCAAAAAGUACAUUUCCAUUUAAGAAAUCCUAUUGGGCUAUCAUUAGAAAUGUUGUGAUAUUUGGAAGAGGAAGUCUUCUGACCACCUUCCAGCCAGUUUAUCCAGACAGAUUGUGGAUAGAUGUGAAGGCUUUCUGCAAUGAGUUCCCAUUCCAUAUUGUGUUUGAUAGAGAGCUUAAAGUGAAACAGGCCGGGUUGAAUAUACAAAAAUUUGUUCCUGGAAUACAAAUAAUGGGGAUCAGAUUGGAUGAAUAUUUUACAAUCGUGCACCCUCAGGUUACUUUCACUAUUUCAAACCUUCAAACAUUCAUCAACAGUCAGUUUGUCCUGAAAACAAAAAGAGAAAUGAUGCCGGAAUCAUGGAAGUAUUACCCGGUGCUGAAGCUAAGAGGACAUAUGAUUUGGAUGGAGUCCAUACAAUGCGUAAUGUACCUGUGUUCUCCAAAACUACGCAGUCUGCAGGAACUAGAGAAACAAAACAUGCAUAUUUCUGACAUCGCAAAGCAUGAUGUAACGAGAGACCUGAUCCUGCUCAACCAUCAGAGACUGGCGGAGAUAGAACUGAGCAACCAGCUGGAAAGGAAGAAGGAAGAGCUAAGGAUAUUGUCCAGGAAUUUGGAAAUUGAGAAGAAGAAAACAGAAACCCUGCUGUAUGCCAUGCUACCCCAACAUGUGGCCAACCAUCUCAAAGAAGGAAAGAAGGUCCAAGCAGGAGAGUUUAAAACAUGUACCAUAUUGUUCAGUGAUGUAGUGACAUUUACAAACAUAUGUGCAGCCUGCGAGCCUAUUCAGAUUGUGGAUAUGCUCAACGUAAUGUAUUCAAAGUUUGAUCGCCUAACAAGUAUCCAUGAUGUGUACAAAGUUGAAACUAUAGGAGAUGCUUACAUGGUUGUUGGAGGAGUCCCAGUUCCUACGGAAAGUCAUGCAGAAAGAAUUGCUAACUUUGCUCUGGGUAUGAGAAUAGCAGCCAGGGAAGUUAUGAAUCCUGUAUCCGGAGAGCCUAUCCAGAUAAGAGUGGGGAUCCACACAGGGCCUGUGCUAGCUGGAGUAGUGGGGGAGAAAAUGCCUAGAUAUUGCUUGUUUGGUGAUACAGUAAACACAGCUUCCCGGAUGGAGAGUCACGGAGUUCCGGAUAAAGUUCACCUGAGCCCAACAACUUACGAUUGCCUAAAAGAUCUACAUUUUAAAUUUGUUGAUCGAGGCAUUAUAAAUGUCAAAGGAAAAGGGGAAAUGAACACCUACUUCUUGAUAAGAAAUAUGCGCGUAUCAGAAUAUGAGAUUAUGGGCAGGUCUGAACAUUGCGUGUCCGAACCAAGUCAAAAUGGGCAUGUGGGUGAAGAUAUCAUCAUGAAUUAUAAUAUAGAACCCAAUGACAACGAAACAGUUAUUGUGACCCCUGAUGGGGUGAACGACCGUGCAUCCACGUCCAAUGCCCUCACAUCGGAUACUCUUUUGCAAGAUAUCAAGCAGAAGAGCAUGGCCAGUUUCGCUGAUAGCUGUUUAAGUGUAAGGUCAGAAUUCUGUGGCCAUAAUUCCAAUAAAUUUAGGACUAGGUUUACGUCCCACGUUGAUGCAUAUCUGGGUUGUGGAGGUCUUGCGAACCUCACUCCGCGUAAGAGUCUACACACCAAUAAGUGCUUCCCUAUUGGUGUUCCUUCACAGCCUUGA